AGUAUUAGAAUGGUACAGUCCAAUAUGAGCACCCCUGCAUAUUGAAGAUACAUGGGAGUGCCCCUUUGCAGGGCUUGCUGGGAAGAAGAAGAGGAAUACAUGAUUGGGGAUUGUAGAGAAGGAGAAAGAGGGAAAGGAACUCUCAAGAGGUCUCACAACUGUCACGGACGUCAGUCACCCUUCAGCUGCUUUUACACCACAGGACACUCACACCUGUCCAUCACGCCAAUCCAGAAGCGACUGUCAUCUGCGCGUAGAGAAGACGAUUCUAUCAUUUUGAGAGGCUCGUAAAACUACAUUUCCACCUCGACACCCUGCUGAAAUGGCUGACAUACUGGAGGACCGUGACAAGCUGAAGAGGGGCCUGGUUAAGGUGCUGGAGUGCGUGGCCACCAUCUCCUCAGCUGCCACUGUGGUCAACCCAAUAUUUGGGGUAGCUGGCUCCUUGAUCCGUGUGGUUCUGCAUCACGUUGACGACGAGGACAUCAAGACACUCAAGCGGGAGUUUGGCAGUGUGAACCGGGCCCUGGAUGAGAUCUCCCUGCAGAAUCGCAAUGCCUUGCAGCAGAUCAAGAAGGAGACGCUGGAUGGCCAGUACUCCCAGGUGGAGGCUAACCUGCGCAACCAGUUCCGUAAGUUCAUGGCGAUUGUGGAGGCCCGGCCCGACAACCGGAACGGCAAGAUCGAGGCCUUCAAGGAGAGCUACGCCGACGACCUGGGUGACCAGAAUCUGUACACCCUCUAUGAGGGCGUGAUGGGGAAACCCAAGCUCUUCAGCAAGCCCAUUCUGGAGGUGUACAUGAAGCACUCGCACGGCGACCGGCAGGUUAUGGAUCGCCUGUGCACCCGCCUCACCUAUCUCUUCUGCAUCGGCCUCAUCGCCCUCAUGGGCUACACUGCCCUCAUGGAAGAUGAUGAAGAAGGCAUUGCCGAAGAGUGGGCAGCCAAGAUGGAAGAUGUGCAGGAGAGGAUGCAAGAAGAACUCAGAAAGUGCAAGUGAUUCCUCGGCACCUCCCCGUCACACAACACCCUGCCCGCACUCUCCAACCAUUUCCCCAGUUUUGUCCUUCCCUGAGCUGAGAAAUCGAAAGGCUCUAAUGAAGCAAUGUCACACAGACCCAAUCACUGGUGAUACUGACACCAUUUAUAUUUCCUAGAAAUUAUGUUCACUGCCAUUCCUUGGAGAUUGUAUAAUGGUAUGUUUGGCAUGAUUGUAAUUAUUUUAAUUUUGUUAAGAAUUUCAAGGCUAGUAUUAUAAUAGCUUGACACACUACAUUGAAGUAUGCAGAUGUUACGAUCAAAAGUAAUUCCAGUUAAUGCAAGAAAACCAGGUGUUCACUAAUUCUCGUCUGUGUCAGCUUUGUUUUCUUGCUGUUUCGCUGAACAGUGAUGAAAGAAUUUAUGAAUUCCUAUUCCAAAUAACUGUCAACCAUACAAGACAUGCCAGUGAAUGUAUAAUAUUGUUCUAUAAAUCACACUUGCCUCUAGAACAACACUACAUCUAUGUCGUAAUGCAUGCAAUUUAAUUAUUUGUUAUAGAAACUAUAACUAUGUGCCUUCUAGUGUUAGAAGGCACAGUUAGUCUACCAUAUAAUCUAUAAAAAACAAGACAAGAAAAUGUAGUCAGUUAUUUCAUACACUACACUUCAGUAUAUCCUCUACACAACAGUUCUACAUGUUGCCAUCUUGCAUGUCAUGCAUUGUUGAUCCAAAUGAAUUUCCACCCAUACUAGCUGCCUUGUAACCAGACUUGCGACCUUGAACCUCUGAUUUACUUAGGUCUCAAUCAAGAGGCAGGUGAUCACGGCAUCUUGUUUAAAAUAGUAGUUGCAGCACAUAUAUACAACUAGAUGUUAAAUCUUUAAUAGAAUUAGCACUGGUGGAAUCUGUUUCAAAAUAAUUAACACUAAUGUAUAGAUAUAUACGAGAAUAAGACUAGGAGGCUCGUUUUUUGUCUAGAACACCAACUAGCAUGUAACUACACUACUGCACAUCUCACCGAAGUGAACAACCAUAAGCACUGACAGUAAUUUUAAUUUACCUUUCAUUUACCUGUCAUAUAUCUACUUUUCACAAGCAAAAACACAAAUACACAGGUCACACAGAAAAAUGUAAGCACCCUGUGUUACCCCCUCAUACACUCUCAGAAGAAAGCGUUCCAGAAGGCUCCUUUGCGUCUCCAUAGAGGAACCCUAUCUAGUGCAAGCCUUCUUUGUUGGGCAAUAUGGUUCAAUCUGGGAGCUAUGACGCUUUUCACACCUCCAUAGAGUGUUCCAUAAAGAACUGAAAAGGGAUGAAGACAAGCCAAAGAACCUUUUUUUCUGAGAGUGUAUGCCUAAUUUACAUUUUCUUAAAUGCCAAUAGUGCCUAUUCACCAGUUAUUUUCCUUUAAUUUUCUAAAGAGUAUCGCUGUAUGGCUGAUUGAGUUUGCCCUUGGACCACAGUGUUUCUUUUUACUUUUUUCCUGAGUGAAGUCUAUUUGUAUGCUGUCCAGUGACUUGUCCGUUGGGUUUAUGAGCCCCGUGAUUAUCUUCAGAAAUGCUAGGAACCUGUGAUGUGUACUGUUUGUGAUCCUUUUGGCAUGUUCAGUGAUGUAUGGUCCUGACUCAUUGCUAUAUAUUAUGCUGUGUAGACUCUAAAAACCUAAGAACCAAUGUAUGAUGUAUAUACAGAUGAAACUGGCAUUGCCUUUUAAGUACAUCUGCAUAUGUGUUCUGAAUAUGAAUUCUUCCAUUUUCCUCAUGUCUUGUUGGUUUUUAUUUUGUUAUUUUUAUACCUAUUGUUUCAAUGCAGAGCUACCAAUAAAGGUUUAUGGCAAACUGA